AUGUUCACCAUUUUUAGUGCAAGAGAGAGACUCUCAAAGAGCAUACCUGCCAUCAGAUCCCUGCUCUUUUCUUCAUGUUCCAGUGCCUCUGAAAUGCUCAGCUUUACAACCAUGACACCACCAAGUUGCUGUGAGGGUUUGAACAUGAGUACUCAGCCACACACUGUGACCAAGGUAGACAUCCCUGGCCACGUUCUUUAUGCAGUAGGAACAUGCGUGCUCAUUAUUGGCUCCAUUGGCAUCAUAGGAAACCUCCUAGUUCUCUACGCAUUUUGCAGCAACAAGAAGCUGAGGACACCCCAAAACUACUUUAUAAUGAAUUUAGCUGUGAGUGACUUCCUGAUGUCGGCUUCUCAGGCACCCAUAUGCUUUGUCAACAGCUUGCACAGAGAAUGGAUACUUGGAGACAUAGGCUGUAACUUGUAUGCUUUCUGCGGGGCUCUCUUUGGGAUAACCUCGAUGAUGACUCUGUUGGCCAUCUCUGUGGACCGCUACUUGGUGAUCACAAAGCCCCUGCAGUCCAUCCAGUGGACUUCCAAGAGACGCACCGUGCAGGUCAUCGCUGCAGUGUGGCUCUACUCGCUGGCAUGGAGCGUGGCUCCGCUCCUUGGCUGGAGUUCCUAUGUGCCUGAGGGCUUGAUGAUAUCUUGUACAUGGGACUAUGUAACCUACUCCCCUGCAAACAGAAGCUACACCAUGAUCUUAUGCUGCUGCGUAUUUUUUAUCCCCCUGGUAAUAAUAUUCCACUGCUAUUUAUCGAUGUUCCUGGCCAUAAGGCGUACUGGCAGAGAUGUUCAAAAGCUGGGGUCCUACACCCGGAAAUCCUACCUCUCUCAGUCCAUGAAGAAUGAGUGGAAGCUAGCAAAAAUUGCUUUUGUGGUCAUCAUUGUGUUUGUCUUGUCCUGGUCUCCAUAUGCUUGUGUCACCUUGAUUGCCUGGGCAGGUCGAGGCAACAUCCUAACACCAUAUUCCAAAUCUGUGCCAGCAGUUAUUGCCAAAGCUUCUGCAAUCUACAACCCCAUCAUAUAUGCAAUAAUUCACCCAAGAUACAGAAAAACCAUCCACAAAGCUGUUCCCUGCUUGAGGUUCCUGAUACGAAUAUCAAAGAAUGACCUCCUGAGGGGAUCCAUAAAUGAGUCAUCUCUCAGGACCUCUCUCUGCAGCCACCACUCUCUUGCUGGCAGGACCAAGAGCACUUGUGUUCCUGCCGUUUCUACUGGAGAAGCUACCUGGAGCAAUGUAGAGCUCGACCCGGUAGAGCCAGCUCAAGAGAAACUGAAACCUCGCCGAAGUCAUUCUUUCUCCACAAGUCCGAGACAAGAGAAGAGAGACCCGCUCCCAAAGACCUGCAGCUGUGAUGCAGCCACUGCUGAAAAGGUUUCACUCUCCUCCAGCUGCUUGGAGAAGGUGUUUGGGCAGCCUGUCCUACCCAGUCCCUCUGCAGCACUCGUGACCAGCUCCCAGAGAGCAACUUCUCUGCCUAUCAGACUGAAUUGCAGCAGUGUCACCAGAGGAGACUCGAGUACUUCCCAUAUGGCAACUCAAGGAAGCCAAGCAAAUGGAGUUGUGGAUUCUGCCAUUAGCAAUGCAGUCCCUCGGAUUGUCAUCAUUCCUACCUCAGAGACCAAUCUGUUUCGGGAAGAGCUGGAAGAGACUGAAUUAUUCCACUUUCAUGACAAAAAGGGCAAUCUGCUGGACUUGGAAGGGCUUAGCUCAUCCAUGGAGUUCCUUGAAGCUGUUGAGAAAUUUCUAUCGUAA